GCGAGGGCCGCUGGGGCCGCGAAGUGGGGCGGCCGGGUGGGCUGCGAGCCGGGUCUGGGCUGAGGGGCGCGGCGUCGCGGUGGGCCCCAGCCCGGCAACGGGUAGGCGAGUUCUUCUCCCUCCACCGUCCAAAGUAAACUUUGCCGCUCCUUCCGCGGCGCUCCCGAGUCCUCGCCGCCGCCGGGCCGCCGCAGUCCGCGAAGAGCAGUCCUGCGUCAGGGCCUCGUUCCCUGCCCCGGCGCGGGGCCUUUGCGCCAUGGACGCCACGGCGCUGGAGCGGGACGCCGUGCAGUUCGCCCGUCUGGCUGUUCAGCGCGACCACGAAGGCCGCUACUCCGAGGCGGUGUUUUACUACAAGGAAGCUGCACAAGCCUUAAUUUAUGCUGAGAUGGCAGGAUCAAGCCUAGAAAAUAUUCAAGAAAAAAUAACUGAGUAUCUGGAAAGAGUUCAAGCUCUACAUUCAGCAGUUCAGUCAAAGAGUGCUGAUCCUUUGAAGUCAAAACAUCAGUUGGACUUAGAGCGUGCUCAUUUCCUUGUUACACAAGCUUUUGAUGAAGAUGAAAAAGAGAAUGUUGAAGAUGCGAUAGAAUUGUACACAGAAGCUGUGGAUCUCUGUCUGAAAACGUCUUAUGAAACUGCUGAUAAAGCCCUGCAAAAUAAACUGAAACAGUUGGCUCGACAGGCACUAGACAGAGCAGAAGCGCUGAGUGAGCCUUUGACCAAGCCAGUUUGCAAAAUCACGUCAACAAAUGUUAAGCCAAAGCCACCUCCAGUGAGAGCACAUUUUCCACUGGGCACUAAUCCCUUCCUCGAAAGACCUCAGUCAUUUAUAAGUCCACAGUCAUGUGAUGCACAAGGACAGAGAUACACAGCAGAAGAAAUAGAAGUACUCAGGACAACAUCAAAAAUAAAUGGUAUAGAAUAUGUUCCUUUCAUGAAUGUUGACCUGAGAGAACGUUUUGCCUAUCCAAUGCCUUUCUGUGAUAGAUGGGGCAAGCUACCAUUAUCACCUAAACAAAAAACUACAUUUUCCAAGUGGGUACGACCAGAAGACCUCACCAAUAAUCCUACAAUGAUAUAUACUGUGUCCAGUUUUAGCAUAAAGCAGACAAUAGUAUCGGAUUGCUCCUUUGUGGCAUCACUGGCCAUCAGUGCAGCUUAUGAAAGACGUUUUAAUAAGAAGCUAAUUACCAGCAUAAUUUACCCUCAAAACAAGGAUGGUGAACCAGAGUACAAUCCAUGUGGGAAGUAUAUGGUAAAACUUCACCUCAAUGGUGUCCCAAGAAAGGUGAUAAUUGAUGACCAGUUACCUGUUGAUCACAAGGGAGAAUUGCUCUGUUCCUAUUCCAACAACAAAAGUGAACUAUGGGUUUCUCUCAUAGAAAAAGCAUACAUGAAAGUCAUGGGAGGAUAUGAUUUUCCAGGAUCCAACUCCAAUAUUGAUCUUCAUGCACUGACUGGCUGGAUACCAGAAAGAAUUGCUAUGCAUUCAGAUAGCCAAACUUUCAGUAAGGAUAAUUCUUUCAGAAUGCUUUAUCAAAGAUUUCACAAAGGAGAUGUCCUCAUCACUGCGUCAACUGGAAUGAUGACAGAAGCUGAAGGAGAGAAGUGGGGUCUGGUUCCCACACAUGCAUAUGCUGUUUUGGAUAUUAGAGAGUUCAAGGGGCUGCGAUUUAUCCAGUUGAAAAAUCCUUGGAGUCAUUUACGUUGGAAAGGAAGAUACAGUGAAAAUGAUGUAAAAAACUGGACCCCAGACUUGCAAAAGUAUUUAAACUUUGAUCCCCGAACAGCUCAGAAAAUAGACAACGGAAUAUUUUGGAUUUCCUGGGAUGAUCUCUGCCAGUAUUAUGAUGUGAUUUAUUUGAGUUGGAAUCCAGGUCUUUUUAAAGAAUCAACAUGUAUUCACAGUACUUGGGAUGCUAAGCAAGGACCUGUGAAAGAUGCCUAUAGCCUGGCCAACAACCCCCAGUACAAACUGGAGGUGCAGUGUCCACAGGGGGGCGCUGCAGUUUGGGUUUUGCUUAGUAGACACAUAACAGACAAGGAUGAUUUUGCGAAUAAUCGAGAAUUUAUCACAAUGGUUGUAUACAAGACUGAUGGGAAAAAAGUUUAUUACCCAGCUGACCCACCUCCAUACAUUGAUGGAAUUCGAAUUAACAGCCCUCAUUAUUUGACUAAGAUAAAGCUGACCACACCUGGCACCCAUACCUUUACAUUAGUGGUUUCUCAAUAUGAAAAACAGAACACAAUCCAUUACACGGUUCGGGUAUAUUCAGCAUGCAGCUUUACUUUUUCAAAGAUUCCUUCACCAUACACCUUAUCAAAACGGAUUAAUGGAAAGUGGAGUGGUCAGAGUGCUGGAGGAUGUGGAAAUUUCCAAGAGACUCACAAAAAUAAUCCCAUCUACCAAUUCCAUAUAGAAAAGACUGGGCCGUUACUGAUUGAGCUACGAGGACCAAGGCAAUAUAGCGUUGGAUUUGAGGUUGUAACAGUUUCUACUCUAGGAGAUCCUGGUCCCCAUGGCUUUCUGAGGAAAUCUAGUGGUGACUAUAGGUGUGGGUUUUGCUACCUGGAAUUAGAAAAUAUACCUUCUGGGAUCUUCAAUAUCAUUCCUAGUACCUUUUUGCCUAAACAAGAAGGACCUUUUUUCUUGGACUUUAAUAGUAUUGUCCCCGUCAAGAUCACACAACUUCAGUGAUGGAGAAAUUUCAAGUUACUGGCUUUUAUACUUGCCAAACAUCAGUUCUUCAAAUAAGGACGCAAAUCUUCAGGACAGUAAGCAGAACAAUCAGAAUGGAAUUAAAUCUCUAAAAAUGCGUUACAGUGGAAUCUGGUGCUUGUCAGGGUGUUUGGUAAGAACUGCAUAGUCGGAAUUACCUAAAUCACCUAGAGGUACCGUUUACAUGGUUUUGUGUAUAUAGAAUUGGCUUGCAUUUUAGGGGCCAUUUUGUAUAAAAAGUGCAUAUGAUUAAGAUUAGACUCAGUCAUCACUGUGAGAUGCCUUUGCUGAGAGGAUAAAGGAACUGAGACCAGAUGAGAAAAAGAAAGGAUAUAGAUUCCUUGAGUGGAAUAGUGGGCUAGAUUAAUAUACUGAAAUAUUUCCAUCGUUUCCCUUUUUUGCAGAGCAUGUGGAAGUUCAACCUGCUUGAUUCUACUAUACAUCUUGGGCAACUAAUUACCAAAUGAACUGUGCCACCAUAACUGAUUUUAAUUUUGCAUUUUUUAUGAUUUUAAAAUAUUUGUUGCCCAGGUGUUAUGAAAGAGUAAAGCUUUUAAGUAUAGACUACCUUAGCAUGAAGAUGCUCAUGCCUAAGAAUGAAAAUUGUUGAGGUUAUCUCCCAAUCAUGUAGCAAGAACUUAAAUUCACUACUGCAGUUUUUAUUUUUAAAAAACAGUAAUUGAGAUAUUGAAGACGUUACAAUUUAGUUUGUAUGGUCUUUUUUUAAAUUGCUGUAUUGUUCAGUCUCUUGUGGCAAUAGCACUUUGAAGAAAAUAGAGAAUUUAAUAUAUGGUGAUUGGGAUAUGUAGCAUUCAGAAAAAGUGAAUUGCCAAGAUACUGGUGUCAUGUAAAUUCCCACUUUACAUAAAACCCAUCAGGACAGAAUGAUGCUCAAUAUUUUAAAAUUCUAAAAAUAGGGUAGGAUUUUUCAUUGUCUCUACUUUAUAAUUAUCAACACUUAUUUUGUAUUGCUACUACCUUAAAUUGAAAUAAAAUGUUUAUACUUACGGAUAUUGCAUAGUUUAACUUAGAUUUAUUCAAAGAUUUCAUCUGUCUUGUUUCAUGUAAAUGAGAACAGAUUAUUUGCAUGAAAAUAUAUACUUCAACAAAAAUCUGUUCUUUUACAGAGUAGUGGUAGAUUAUUACACUAAUGAGGUUUCACUUUGGUAGAUACUUCAUGCUUUGUUUUAGCCUAUUAAUUUUAGGUGGACAGAUUUAACAAGUUUUCUGUUACUCUUUAAAAAGAAAAAAUCCAGAACAUAAGAACUAUAUUAUAAACACAUGAUUUUAACCUGUUGUGGUAAAGAUCUUGUACAGGAUGCAAACUAAAAACCUAAUCCCUGCCAUCAAAUUUAUUAGAAGAGACCUAUAUAUAAACAACUUAAGGCACUGAUUUCUAUAAUAGAGCUCUAAAAACAUGCCACCAGUGUAUGAAUAAGGGAAAGAUUAAUUUUGGCUGGACCAAUAUAAAAAAUUGUAUUUGAAGAAUUGAUACUUUAACUUGGACCUUGAAGGUAAAGCUUCAAAAGACAGAUUACUGACCAUUAUUGAGUGUUUACUGUGUACCCAAUGUGUAUAUUUUUCUUUUUAAUCUUCCCAAGAGCUGAAUAAAGUAUAGAUACUAUUAUUUGUACUUCUUACAAUUGAGGAAAUAAGCCUAAGAGAUUAAAAGAUUUUGCCCCAGGUUCACAAGCCUUCUUCCCUGAGCCCUGGUUGAGCUGCUGUGUGUGUCUAAUGACGCCCAUAGACACGGCCGUCUAGUUGAGGGAGGGACAAGAUCUAGACCUGUUGUAGAGGGAGGAAAAACAAUCCAGGCCUUUUGGAGGUUCUAAAUAACAGACAGACUAGUCAGGAGUUGUUAGAGAGGAUGACUCAAGUUUCUAAUUCAGCACAUGGACAGAUGCUCGUAGCUUCAGUGAAGGUAAGUUUUGACACAUUAAAUUGCCCAGAAAAUCCAGAUCUGGAAUCAACGUGGUAUAGUAAGCGAGAUCACCCAAAAAGUCAAGAGUGACGUGAACUAAAGAUGGUUAAGAACUGAUUUGUUAAGAACUGAUUUGGGGGAAGUUUUUUAGAAAGUAUUUCUAAUUUAGAAAAAAAUACAUAGACUAACAGGAGAUACAAGAAAACAAGGGUUGGGGGAGGAUUAAGAAGCCCAGUGAACAGAAUUCCCAGAAGAGUAUAAUUAAAUGUCAGAUGUGGUGGAGAUAAAGAGGCCACAGUGACAGCAGUGGGGGCAGACUACGUAAAACUAGAAAUUUGAGUAGGUGAUAGUGUGAGAAGGGAGCCCUGGUCAAAAGGUGGUCUGCAUCCCUUUCUGGUGUAGGAGACAAGCAAGUGGUAGGCUGACGGGAAAGGAGGAUUGAGGCAGAAAACAAGAGAAGGUCCUAAUGCCCAAAUAAGGAAUCCUGUAGUGCUACUGACUGCCUAGGCUUUGUCUUUUGUAAAGACAAGGGAAAGAAAGCCCCAAUGUUAGAAAAUUCCAUCCCACUUUCAUUCUCUGCAAGAAGUACUUAGAAAUUUCUAGUUAUUAGACUGCAUAACUUGACUCUGCUGUAAAAACUUUAUCCUAGCUUGGGCUAUUUUCCAGAUGGUGUUUUUUCUAGGAGGAAAAAGAACUGCCUCAAUUGCAGGGAAGUUUUUGCUAAUGGUAAGUCAAGCAAGUCUCAAUGUCUUUACUACAGGUAAAAGGGUGUAAGGAGAUUUUAUGAGAACUGAAUGAACCCUGAAGGUCACUAGUCAAAUUCAGGUAUGCUGUUAAGUGUUCUUGUUUGAGACCCAAAUUACAAGACUGGCCAAUUUUUGUAUUUUUGGUAGAGACUGGGUUUCACUAUGUUGCCCAGGCUGGUCUCGAACUCCAGGGCUCAAGUGAUCCACCAGCCUUGGCCUCCCAAAGUGCUGGGAUUACAGGCAUGAGCCCUUGGGCCCAGCUGGCUGUUUAGCGUUCUUAAAUAGCACAAGGGACUUCUAUGAACUUUCCUAGAUGAAAUAUUAACUACUAGGUAAAACACCUGUUUUGUUUGAUACUGCAAAGAGUUAUUGCUGAAACUUAAACCUCAUGAUUGGCCAACCAAGAACUUUUUCUCCACAGCAUGCUUAAUAUAUGAAAUGCAGAUUAAGAGUCCAGCAUUGUAACAUUUUCACAAAAGAAUCUGAUUCUCAACUCUGAAUGCACAUUUAAAUUCCCUCGGGGAGCUUUUAAAAGUCUAAUGCCCCAGUGUACCCCCCAGUUAAUUAAAUAAUUCUCUGGGGAUGAGAACUGACAGCAACACUUAAGCUUCCUGGGAGACUGCAGUAUGCAGCCCAAGGCCCACUCCUCCAGCAUCACCACCUCGUCUUUAUUUAUCUGCCACUGUGUCUCCUCAUUGCCUACAGCUUUAGCAACAGCAAAAGUAGAAUUCAAACCUUGGGAAUCAAGGCUUAAGUUAUUACUGUUCAUGACCUUAAUUGAAAAUGAUUACUGGUGACCACAGCACUCCAUGCUCUUCCUUAUGGAAAAAGGGUUGCCUAGAAGAUUUAGGCAAUACUGGGAGUUCUUAUUUGAAGUCACAGAAAGGAGAAACUUUGCUCAAGCCGUUUUUAUUACACUCAGUGUAUUAAGACAAGUACAAAAUAACCUUGUAAUUAAGAUACUGUAUCAGUCAAAAAAGAAGUCACUAUUGUAUGAAGAGAUUUACAAAUGACUAAAAUAUACAGGCUGUGACAGAAUUAACAGUUUGAAAGAGGGUUGCUUUCUUUUAGAAAUGCUAAAUUUUCUUAACAAGACAAAAAUACAGUGCUCUAAAUAGGCAUUACCAUGAAAACAUUAAAGAAAAGCAGUCUUAACACUUAACUACUAUUAACAGCCUUUGCCAACACAUGCCUGCCUACUCCCUUUCCUAACUUUAAAGAACAGUUUCCUCUAAGGAAUACUAGUGCAGCAUAACCCUUAAAUAAUUUCAUUUAUUUUUAAAGUUACAACCUACAGAGAAAUUAACAUCUUGCCAAUCUAAUAACAGUGGCAACCAUUCUUCACAUGCACUUCUCUUAGAAUAAAUCCCCUUGGCUGGCAGGAUAAGGCUUAUGCUGUAGAACCUUCUCCCCCACAGCCACAAAUCCCCUUCUAUAAGUCCCUCCUACCCUCAUCCCCCCACAUCCCCACUGGCAUUCACCUUUCCCACCCCAAAAGUGCAGCUCAUGGUAGCCUUCUAGAAAAUGGUUUUAAUGGGUAUCCCAGCAUAUACGCUUUUUUAAAAGUCCCCUCUGAACACCAGAGGUGGUGAAAAUGAAUUGUGUUCUUGGAUUUUUUUUUUUUAAGCCUCCACUGGGUCAAAAAUAUGUGCUCUUAAUACUUGAGUUUUUGCUUUGUGUGUAGGUUUUCUUUUUCAUUUAGAUAUCGUGGGAUAAAGUGGAGAGGACAUCUCCAUUUUCCCAUACAAGUUGAGGGUGAGAAGAGAAAGAGAACCAAGCUGUUGCCCCCACUUUGUCCUGGCUUCCCAGCCAUCUUCCCAGCUCUGGUUCUUUCAUAGGAACUAGUUAUUGCUUCCACAAUGCCGUUACAUGGAAUGUUCCACAAAGGCUGUGAACCUGGUCACAGUCUACCCGCAACAACAACUCUUUUCUGAAAAACCAGCCCAAGAGCUCUUACCCAGAAGAACAAUCUUUCUUUAGCCCUCAAGGUCACUGAAACUUCAUUAGAGCAGUUUAGAGUAGACGUGUAAGAUUUGGCAUAUAUUAAAUGAUUAUUGGCACAAUGUUCUCCAGUUCCAUGUAUAAAUGUUGAUAUGCACAUGGGCCAGGGCCCAGGAUGAAUCAGCCAAUCUGCACCACUUUUAUGUCAGCGAUAAUUCCAUCUCUUCCCUUCGAGCACUGUAGGGAGAGCUGCUUCAUCCGGUUCUCCAAGGCCUGGCCCUCGGGGGAGGUGCUGCUUUGGCUCUUACUGCUGCUACCACCGCCACUGCUAUUGCUGAGGCCCCGGUUGUUGUUGGCUUUGUCACUUGUUUUAUUCUCUGCCCCUUCUGCCCUGUCUCCUACAGAAAUACAAGGAUUAUCAAAAGUGAGUAUUGACAAUUCUGCCCUGUCUCCUAUAGAAAUACAAAGAUGAUCAAAAGUGAGUAUUGACAAUUCUAAGUCACUUGAGCUCAAACCAAUCAGCUAACUCAGCCCUGUAGAAUUCCCUCUGUUGCCUACCGUGCGUAUCAGAGGUUCUCAGUACAUAAUCAUUUACUUUUAUUCCUUGUGAUGUUUUUUAUAUUCCUUAGCUAUAGAGAUGAAAUUUGCCAUAUUCACUUUGUAGCUGAGAAACAAACCUCUCUACUAUGUGCUUGCCAAGGAGACUGUUCUGAUGUGAGACAUAGGACCUAAGCUCUACUUUAUAGAAGCUGAGUGGAGCCAGGAACCCCCCAGAACAGCACUUGGAAACAACCUCAGUGAGCAAUACUGACAGCACAACCACAGAGACCUGGUAAUGCAGCAUGGGGGCCCUGAGACCUGGCAGAGGUAUGGAACAGCACAACAGUCAGGCUACAGAGGCAGUGUGGCAUCUGGGACAGGGUGAGAAGGCUGCUACUCACCUCGUUCUACUUCACAUUCAGGGGAGGAGGCCCCGCUGCAUUCACUUCGAGGGCCCAACACUGGGAACAUCAUCCCAAACUCUGACAGGGACACGGGGCUGGGCAGAUCCAGGCUGCCAGGCCUCACAACCGCAGGGAACUGGUCAGGCAUCUCAGACGGGCUUGUUGGUCCUGAACUAAAGCUGGACACAGACUGGGUUUCCGAGUCAUCUUCAGACACAAAGUUGCUACAGCUGUCAUCUUCAAAGGCCUCCGAGGCCACUAAGUUGAGAGAGAACACCAGUCACAUAGGUUCUGUCACCUCCUCAAAUGCCACAAGUGCUUGCUGCCGGCAGGCAGCUAGACACAGCAUGGGGACUGCAGAAUCUCUACCUCUCUGAGUCCUAAUGUAGGAAUGUGACUUCCCAAGCCUGAAUGACCAGCCUCUAAAGCAGCUGGAAGGGAAGCAGCUAGCAGCUGGAUCCCAUGGAUAUUAAGCGCCCUUCCGAUAACCUUAUAACCCUGCCAAGAAAUCACUGUCACCAGACACCACCUAAAAAUGGAAGAUUAAUUCAGCCACAAAUUAGGACCUUUACUCCACCUCAGUCCCCCAAACAGAUUCUCAUGUGCACAGGAAGACGUUCUAGUCCUCUGUAACAUAUCCCAAACAAAGCCAGCUGGACUUAGGCUUCUUUCUUAGGGCAAUAGAAGCAAGAGCUGCUAGAAGAAACAGGUCAGCAUGGAAUAUCUGUUGGGACCUUUGUUAUCUUCCAGAAUCCUGACUUUGAGGAACACUUAGUACCAUAAAACACGGGAACCCACCAGAAAUAGCCCUCAGGCCUGCCCAACUCUGAGACCUUUCACUGAUGGCCAAAGAAAGUGAGGACCUUGGGAAACAAAUCACACAGUCUGAUAUCCCCCCACGUACCCAGUGGAGCUCCUGACUUACCAGAAAUGGCAUCAGGCUCAGGUUUGCUCCCUGGCAGAUCCUCCACAGAUGUGCUGCUGCCCUCAGCACCAACACCGCAUCCCCGAGGCCCCAUGGCACUGGAGCGCCGCCGCUCAUGGAUCUCAUCUGAGAUCAUCUCCAGGUUCUUCAGGGCCAUCUUGUACUCGCCUUUUGCCAGGGUCAGUUUGGCCUGCAGGUCGUCCACAGUCUUUUUCAGUUGCUGGUCAAGAGAACAGGAGACUAAGUGAAGACUACACUGCUAGCCUUAAGAUGGUUUCUGAAUGACAGGUUCAAGUACAUUUUCUGCCCGUCAUUCUACUUCAAGGAAUUUUCCAAGACAUGACUGAAGACCUGAUUACCAUUAUAACUGCUGUUCAUUCACCAGACAAAAUCAGCCACCACCAUCCCCAGAUCCCAUCCAGGUGACAACUUCUAAUAUCCAAAAACUCACUGGUGGAAUAAACCCCAUCAGGGAAGCAAAAAUGGGCAUCAGACACACCAAAGUCCCACAGACUAGACAUCUGGUUCCCAGAACAGUGGUUCUCAAACGUCAGCUUGCAUCGAAAUCCCCUUGAGUGUUAAGACUCAGCUCACUAGACUCCAACCUCACAGAGUUUCUAAUUCAGUCGGUCUAGAGUGGGACCUGGUCUGUCAGGUCUCCAGGUGAUGCUGAUGCUGCUGGUCCUAAGAGCAUGCUGUGAGAACCACUGGCUUAGUACAACAGAGAAAGUGACUGAACGGCAGUUACAGAGGUUCAGAGGCCACUGAAGACCCAACCGAGACAAUUUUGAGGUCUGAAAACUCAGUAAAGCCUGUCUCUCCACUUUCCUCUUAUAGCAAGUGGCCCAUGUGAUAUUCUGCUACCCCAGAAAAGUGAAGCUUUGAGCGCAGAAAAAUCUCAUCAGUGACGAAGCCCAAAGCUACACAUACCUCGAGCUGCACGUAGUACUUUGCCUUGAGUUCAAAAUAAGGCCUGCAGAAGACGGGAAGGAAAGCCAUCAGAGUAAUAUAAUACAGUGACCACAACUCCACAAGAUGAACAAGAGGCAUCAGCUACCACUGGCCAGGUCGUCCUUCCAAUAUUUAGUAAUCUCUAACAAGGCCAUGACAUAUGAGUGAUGCUCCUAGCUCUGAAGAGUUGACAGACACCAGAUGGAACGACUGGGCUCACCCAGGGCUAUAUUAACAGGAGGCCCAUCUCAAGACAUGGGGAACCCACACACACAUAUCUUGGGCACUCUGCAACCUAGCUGAUGUUCCUCCUCUGGGGGAAGGCUGUUCAGAGCCUCACAGUUUAUACCCAGCAGUAAGGGUGGCUUGGGUCUGCUCUACUAAUGAACUUGGCUCCCCAGGGAUGAAGAGCAGAUGAGGCUGGGGAAGGGGCUGCUUAAACCUCCUCCUCUACUGAAGUCAACUGGGGAAGAGAGAGAAGCACCACUCCUCCCUCACAGCACAGCAAGGCCACCACUAGGAGGGGGGUCUCAGGUUGGUUCUCCCAAACCUUGUCCAAAGACUGGAGUUAUUAGUUGGCCGCCUCAGCCACAUAAUGGGCACAAGAAAUGCCACCAUCCUAGCAGUUCCCUUGGUUCUGGGUCAGCCGAAAGAGCUUGGCUCUUUUUUAGGAAUUUUGGUGCCUGAACAUUAAGAGUAGAUCACUGCUUUAUUCUUGAGCUGUUCACCCUCCAUGAAGCUCUCAAGUCCUGCAUCCUGAGGAUCCAGAUGGAUGACAAGGACACAGGACUGCCAUUGAGAAAUGAAGAUGAACUGUGUUCCCAGAUGCAGUGGAUUACUGACUGCCCUGUAAUAGUCCAUUUUGUAUCUGUUGGUAAUUCAUUUCAGCAUUCUUGGUUUUCUUUGAGUUUGUGUUUUUUGAAUUCAAGAAUUGUAACAUGACUGUUAGAUCCCUCCUUAUUUAAUGAGAAAUAAAAUAUUUGACA